AUGGCUCGAUAUAACGGUGAGCUUCUCGGUCUAGCCCGGGACCUUGCGUACCGCCUAUUGCCGGCGUUUGAAGCGUCGCCUAACGGGAUUCCCUAUCCGAGGGAUGUCGCCCGGCAGGCGCUCAAUGAGCUGUGGUUGGCCAGAUCGAAGAAGAACCUCUUCGGGAACGUGUACAAUCUGGAGCAGCGGAAGUACCUUCUCAAGAGCUACGUUUACUUUGGCGACACACAAUAUUUGCAGACGUUCGAGGCGUCGUACAGUGCACUGAUGCGCUAUGUGAGAGAUGCCGUCGGCGGCCACGCAUUCUACAACGUGGACAUGCGUACAGGUGAGGUGGCGUCGACGUGGGUUGAUUCGCUGUCAGCAUACUUUCCAGGACUGAUGGUUCUAGCAGGGGACGUUGAUGGGGCAGAAUCAGCAUACUUGCUGUUUUAUCACCUGUGGAGGCGGUACCGGGCAAUGCCAGAGCGGUACAAUUUGUAUUUGCGCGAAACGGAUGUUGUGUUCUAUCCGCUGCGGCCCGAGUUUGUCGAGAGCACAUACUUUCUAUAUAGGGCAACGCGUGAUCCGUUCUACCUGGAUGUUGGCGAGAUGGUGCUACGCGAUCUAAAUGCCCUGCAGCGUACAGAGUGCGGAUAUGCAUCUAUGCAAAAUGUCAAUACGCACGUCGUCGAGGAGCGCAUGGAGAGCUUCCUGCUUAGCGAGACGCUAAAGUACCUGUACCUGCUGUUCGACGACGAGAAUCCACUGCAUUCGCUUGAUAACAACUACGUGUUUACCACUGAGGGCCAUGUACUACUACCGCUCUCGCCCCCAAGCAACAGAUCGGCACAGUACCCAGCCGGGUCGUCGUUUGCAAAGCGCAAGCUGAUCCACUCUGAGGAUGCACCGGCAGCUGUCGAGCCAUUCUUCUAUCACAUCGACAACAUCCGCACCAAACUCGCAUCAGUGCACCCAGAUGACAUGUUUCCGAUGCCUGUGAUGUCGGCGGAUAUCGCCAUCGGCAAAGCACACAGUUCGCAUAGCGGACAUUACACCGGCACUGGCGGUCACGGGUCCCGCAGUACUCCGGGCGAGCUUGCCGGAGAUCCACGCAGAUGUCCGAUCCCGCGGUCCAUGUUUGCAGAGUUCGGGCGGCGCUCUGCAGGCCAUGCCAGCAAUGCAACCCAAACUCCACGGCAGCCAAAUACCUUGGAUCUGCCUGGUGGUACCCAGAUCCGGUUUGGGAACCGAUCAAGUCGGGCGCAGAGUCCAUUGCAGCAGCUGGGCACGCAGCAUGAGCUGGCGCGGGCCCUUGUGCAAGCACCGCGGCACCUGAUCAAGGAGCGGCAGUAUUUGAGUUCAUUGGUGGUCAACACUGCCACGCAGACGCUACCGCUCCGUUCAGACUUUUACAAUGUCGGGGUGCUGGCAAACAAUGGACGUCAUGGGGCGACAAGUGGACGUGCCGACAGGUCACAGGUACUGAAGGCAGCGCUGCAGUUGGGGUUAGAGAGCGGCGCCAUGUGUGUAGCACCACUGCUGCAGCUAGAGCUGGCAGAGCGACACAAUGUCUGGCAGUCGGCAUUGUACGGGGAGCUGGGUGCGGCAGCCGACGCUUAUUGUGUCCGGGAGCCGCCCAAUGGAGCCGAUACUUGGCUUACGCCCAACACGCGGCAGAUGCCAUUUAUGAACUUUCUGGUUUCGCGUGCUGAGGGCCGCAGCACAAUGGCGUGGGAUGUGCCAAUGAGGCCAAAGACGCGCUCGGGAACACCGCUGCUACGGGAUGUGUGGGACGAGGGCCUUGGACAGCAGCAGCAGGACAUGGCGCAUGACCCACAGAGGAAUAUGAAGGGGUCCACGCGACCCAAACAGCGCGGGUACGCCGCCAAAGCCGCACAGCAUGAGCAGAUGCCCGGCACUCGCCAGCUGGUGAUCACCAAUGGCGCUGGGCAGGUCCUGACCGACUACGUUAUUGUACGGCUCAGCACAGAUGACGCCCUGCAGGAGUUUGUGCGGGCACUGCCUGUUCACAACGACAGCGUGGAUGGCAGGGCAACGACGGAGAGCAAGCAGUAUUCGGCCAUGUACAAUGCGGAUGCGCCAAAUCAUGAAGCCCUCGCAACCCCCGGUGCCCACAGCAGCGCAAGUGACCUGCUUCCCAGGGGUGCACACGCGCGCCAGGGCGACCGGCACCGGAGACGCGACUUCGCCGGCCGUCUGGCAUCGUUCGCUGAGCCAGCGCUGUACCGCGGGCACCCGCCGUACCUGGUUCCGCAGCCGACCACCGUGAUCAUGCUGCACUUGUACAGCUCGUCGUCGGCGUACGGCUGCGAGCAAUACACGCCGCGUGAGCAGCGCAUGGUCAGGGGCAAAAUUGUCGCUGUGCGCCAUGGCGGCGGCUGCUCGGAGUGGGACAAGGCAAUGUAUGCGACCAGGGCUGGUGCCCAGGCGCUGCUGGUGGAUGCUGCGCGCAUGGGCCCCAGGACUCGCGACGAUCUGGCCUCCCCCAUUCGCAGCCGGUUUAUUUGGGAUCGCUGGUUCUGCAUGAUGGGUAAAUGUAUGCCAGAGGAGCGUCCCGCGGAUAGCCCGUUGGGUGCUCAGGCUGAUGAUCUGCGCCACCGGCAUCACGCCGAGGAGCUGGGCGAAAUUCCUAUGCCCGUCGUCAUUGUCGGCAGGCAGGUUGUCAAUGAGCUGGAGCAGUAUCUUAUCUCUGGCUUGCAUGUCCGCGCGGAGCUGCUCUGA